AUGACGCCCCACACACAGGCAUCGUUGCUGCUCGGAUCUGUCAUCGCCGCUGCCGCCAAUCCUACGUGGUCGGGCAAUGUCUCCUCCUGCCCAGGGUACACGCUCAAAACGCUCCAGGACACUCCGUAUGGCCUUACCGCUACCCUCGCCCUCGCUGGUCCCGCUUGCAAUGCCUUCAGCGAUGAUUUCCCCCUACUCACCCUUGAAGUCUCCUAUGAGUCGCAGUCUAGGCUCCGCGUCCAUAUUUUCGACGCCGACAAUCUGCAGUUCACGCCUCCACGCGAAUAUUUUCCGCCUCGUACCCCGUCUGCCCCCGGUCCAGCCUCACUUCUCAACUCCUCGGAUCUUGUAUUCAACUACGAACAAGUCCCCUUCGCGUUCUGGAUCUCGCGCCGCCAGGAUCCAGGCGCGCCCCCGCUCUUUGAUACCCGCCUCGUCUCACUCCCCACCUCGUCGCGCUCCAACGCAACAGUGGGUCCCUUGCACACUCCUGUGGCGCUCGACGCGUUCCCGCUCGUGUUCGAGAAGCAGUAUAUACAGCUCACUUCGGCGCUCCCGCGUGAUGCGAAUGUUUACGGCCUCGGCGAGGUUGUUGCGAGCGCGGGCUUCAGGCGCGACGUCGCGCAGAACGGCACGCUGCAGACGCUAUGGGCGCGCGACGCUGCGGACCCGCUCGACGAGAACAUAUACGGCUCACACGCAUUCUACCUCGAACAUCGCUUCAACACGUCUACCAACUCUUCCCAGUCGCAUGGCGUCUUUCUGUCCAAUACUGCCGGUGCCGAUAUCAUCCUCUCCACCCCUUCCUCCUCUAACGCAUCCCUCAUUCAAUACCGCCUUCUCGGUGGCACCCUCGACCUCUCCUUCUUCUCUGGCCCGGACCCGAAUGCCGUUAUUGCACAGUACGCGGGCGCGGUUGGUGCGCCCGCGUGGCAGCCGAUGUGGGCAUUUGGGUUCCACCUGUGUCGGUGGGGCUACUCGAACUUGUCAGAGGUGCGAGAGCAGGUAAGCGCGAUGCGCGGGGCGGGGGUGCCUCUCGAAGUUAUGUGGAACGAUAUAGAUCUCUACCAUUCGCUGCGCGAUUUCACAUCUGACCCUAUAAGCUAUCCCCCGGAGGAGAUGCGUGCGUUCACGCGCGAGUUGGCUGCGAACGGACAGCACUAUAUCCCGAUCGUAGACGCUGCUAUCGGACACGUCGCGAAUGCCACUGAUGUCUACGACCCGUACACACGAGGAGUUGAGCAGGACGUGUUCAUUAAGAACCCAGACGGGUCAAUAUACAUCGGACAAGUCUGGCCGGGGUACACUGUCUUCCCGGACUGGUUCGCAAACGGCACAGAGGCGUGGUGGGCCGAUGCGCUGCGUAACUGGAGCGCGGCGGGCGUCGAGUACUCCGGUAUAUGGCUCGACAUGAACGAGGCGAGCUCGUUUUGCGACGGGUCCUGCGGAACGGGCGCGGACUUGUCGAAUACGUCCGUCCCCGUGUCGUUACCCGGCGAUCCUGACGACCUUGUCGUAGACUACCCCGAAGGAUACGACUCUACUGUGUCGGGGUUGAGCGGGAACAUCACUGUGAACGGCACACUCACGUUCGGCGCUGGAGAUGCCGGCACGAUGUCGGCAGCUUCGAGGCAAUAUACCCUUGUCAAGCGCGGUUUGGGCGCUGCGAACGAGUCGAAUGUGGACCUGAGCGCACCGCCCUACGCCAUUCACAACGGGUUCGGCGCGCUGCUAACGCGCACGCUCGCACCGAAUGCAACGCAUGCGGGUGGGUACGUCGAGCUCGAUACGCAUAACAUAUUUGGGUAUAUGGAGGGCCGCGCGACGAACCUCGCACUGCGCGCAGUGCACCCCGGCAAGCGACCUUUCAUCAUUGCGCGCUCGACAUUCCCGGGUUCGGGGCACUGGACGGGACACUGGCUUGGGGAUAACUACAGCAAGUGGGCGUACAUGGCGCACAGCAUUGCAGGUGUGCUCCAGUUCCAGCUGUUCCAAAUCCCGAUGGUCGGCGCCGACACGUGCGGCUUCAUCGGCAACACAGACGAGGAGUUGUGCAAUCGCUGGAUGCAGCUAUCCGCGUUCACGCCGUUCUACAGAAAUCACAACCAGCGCGGUGCGCUGUCCCAGGAGCCUUACAGAUGGGAUAGUGUCGUCAACGCGAGCAAGACCGCGAUCUCAAUACGCUACGCGCUCCUGCCGUACUGGUACACACUGUUUGCCAACGCCUCGACGAACGGCACACCUCCUGUGCGCGCGCUCUUUUUUGAGUUCCCCGACGAGCCGGAGCUGUUUGCGGUGGACCGCCAGUUCAUGGUCGGGAGCGACAUUCUCGUCACGCCUGUGCUCGAGCCCAAUGUGUUUACUGUCGACGGCAUCUUCCCUGGCCGCGGGCAGAUAACCUGGCGCGACUGGUACACCCACACUGCAGUAAACGCGACCGUGGGCGCGCCGACCACGCUUUCCGCGCCCCUCGGGCACAUCAAUGUGCACAUCCGUGCGGGCGCCGCACUCCUCACACACGCGCAGCCGGCGUACACGACACGCGAGACGCGAGCGGGGCCGUACGCGUUGCUCGUUGCACUCGGUGCCGACGGCGCAGCAUACGGCACGGCGUAUCUCGACGACGGGAUCUCGCUCCCACUACCGGACUCCCCAAUCGCGAACCGGACAGUGCGGUUCAUCGUGCACGCGGGCGCGCUCACGAUUGAGAGCGCAGGUACGUUCCGUGUGGAACAGCCGCUCGCGCGCGUCACGGUGCUCGGAGUGCCGAGCGCGCCUGGGAGCGUGUUCGUCGGCGGGCAGGAGGCGGCACGGGGCGGAUGGACGUACAACGCAGACGUGGAGCAGCUCGUGAUGGACGGGUUGGCAGUCGACUUAAACAACGGGACGCAUCUGUCUUGGUUGUGACGCAUCGCACGUUUUGGUUUUUGAGUUGGUUCUUUUCCUUGCUUGUCCUCUACAUUGACCUCUCCCUACGGGCGCUGGUCGUGAAAAUAGUCCACUUACUGGCAUUGGUACUGACAUUGAAUUAUAUUCACAAGUGAAC